AUGCCGAAGCUCGCAGCGGCCCGUUAUGGCAAGGACAACAUUCGCCUGUACAAGGUCGAGAAGGAUGAAGCCACCAAGACACAUACCGUGUACGAGAUGACUGUCUGCGUACUGCUGGAAGGAGAUAUUGAGACAUCCUACACUCAAGCAGACAACAGUGUCAUCGUUGCAACCGAUUCAAUGAAGAACACCACCUACAUUUUCGCAAAGCAGAACCCAGUCCACCCACCGGAGCAGUUUGCUUCCAUCCUAGGUACUCACUUCAUUGAAAAAUACAAGCACAUCCACACGGCACACAUCAGCGUCAUCCAGCAUCGCUGGACCAGAAUGACCAUUGACGGAAAGCCGCACCCUCACUCCUUCUUCCGGGACGGCCAGGAGAAGAGAGUGGUUCAAGCAGAUGUCAUCGAGGGCAAGGGCAUUGAGAUCAGAUCCGGAAUCUCUGACCUCCUUGUACUGAAGAGCACUGGCUCCGAGUUCCACCAUUUUGUCCGGGACGAGUUCACCACCUUGCCGGACGUGUACGACCGUAUCCUCAGCACUUCGGUCGAUGCCGGUUGGAAGUGGUUCACAUUCAGUGGGCUUGACGCAGUCAAAAGGGAUGUGGCACUUUUCGACGAGACCUGGACGAAGGCCAGAGAGAUCACCUUCCGCCUGUUCGCUCUCGAGGAAAGUCCCAGUGUACAGAAUACUAUGUACAAGAUGAGUGAGGAGAUUCUUGCUGCUCAGCCACGGAUUCAGACUGUCGACUAUUCUCUGCCGAACAAGCACUACUUCGAAAUCGAUUUGAGUUGGCACCAAGGACUCAAGAACACUGGCAAGGAUGCAGAAGUGUAUGCGCCCCAGUCAGACCCCAAUGGUCUAAUCAAGUGUACCGUAACCCGGUAG